GCAAGAAAGAACCAAGCAAAGCCACCGAUUGAUUGAAGCAGAGUCAGAGAACGUGCGUCCCAGAAAGCGUCGGCCACCGGAGCGUCUCCAAUCGAGUAUGGACAAGGUGCUGGCCUUCUCCAUCCUGAGCGCCUCGCCGGCCGACAUCGCCCCCGGCGCCAGUAACGGCGGCAGCUGGGCUCGGCUGUCCUGGCGGGGAAGGAAGCUACAGGAGGGCGACCAGGCUCGAGCAGAAGGGAAACAUGGGAAGCAGGGCGGUCUGCCGGUGGAAGCAGAGAAGCAGCCGGGCAAGGGGAAAUCGCAGUCAACGCGGCCGCGGUUCGCGCCGGAGUUCGAUGGAAUCGACUGCUUCGAGACCAUAGUGUGCCAUUGAUCGGUAAAUCACGAACUGCCCCUGUUCCCGCCGCGCGUGUAACUACUAAUUCUUUCUUCAUUCGAUCACACCGUACGAUCGGCGUGUUCAUUCGUUGUUAACUUGUGCUUUUAACUGAAGCCGGAUGUUGUACAGAAUACAGAGUUGCCAGUAAACCAAGUUCUUUCAUAUGGUACAAAGAAACCCAUUUCGCCGGGAUUAUUUGGAUAAGCUUUGGCUUUGAAGUCUUGAUGUCAUGACGGAGUAGAGAUGUUUAGUCAGACUAAUCUAGAAUUGAACGGAGAGCACAACUUUGCUGAUAGUGGAACUAGCCAGCCCUCUGAUUUUGACAUCUACUUGGUUCUUCUCACGUCAGUUUCUUUUUGUGUCUGCUCACAUCUGUUCAUGAAUUAACAGGUGAAAUAA